ACGCGUGCUGAUCCAAGGGGGCCGGGCCUGCGGAAGGCGGGGUCGCGCGCCGCUUCCCAGGCUUCUCUCCCCUGCCCCCACCCAUUCUUCUCGGGCAGCCAAUGGGAAAGGCCUUCGCGGAAGGCUCUGCGUGACACACCGAGGGAAGCCGAGGAUGAGCCUUCCGGAGGGAGAGGUUCCAGUCCUCCACCGCUAUACGCUGCUGUGGCUUUCUCUGACCCUGCGAGCGCUUCGUGCGUUCUUGUCUUCUCGCACAACAUGCCGCCGGCGCUGACAGGCUGUUGCAGGAUGCCUUGGGAAGCAGGCGCUUCUCUGCGCAGUGAUUUUUUCCAGCCACGGAGUGGACCGCAGGGAGCUGCUUUAGUUUUUUCCGGGGUAGGAUGUAAUCAAAUUUUGGAUCCUACAGCGCUGCUUAUAUUUUCUGCACAGCCCAAAAAGUUUUCCUCGUCAUGAUUGGAAAGCAAAGGAUUUUAAAAGAUGGAUUUGGCCAAUCAUGGGCUCAUUCUUCUGCAACAACUUAAUGCUCAGAGAGAGUUUGGUUUCCUAUGUGACUGCACAGUUACUAUUGGUGAUGUCUACUUCAAGGCACAUAAGUCUGUCCUUGCUUCUUUUUCAAACUACUUCAAGAUGCUGUUUGUUCAUCAGAGCAGUGAAUGUGUGCGUUUGAAGGCAACUGACAUACAGCCAGAUAUAUUCAGCUAUCUCUUGCAUUUGAUGUACACUGGGAAGAUGGCACCUCAGCUCAUAGAUCCUGUUCGAUUAGAGCAAGGAAUCAAGUUUCUGCAUGCAUAUCCAUUGAUUCAAGAGGCCAGCCUGGCCAGCCAAGGAAGCUUUGCACACCCAGAGCAAGUUUUUCCAUUGGCAUCCUCAUUAUAUGGUAUUCAGAUAGCAGAUCAUCAGACAAGAAAUCCCACAAAAGCAGCUUCAGCAGCUGACAAACUAGUGCGAGAACCAAGGCCACAACCAUCCCAAGUAAACCAGGAACAGGUACAUGAAGGCUCCCAGGCAUCACAGUUACCACCAACUCUGCCUCAAGUGCCCCAGACAAAUAUUGCCCCUUCUGACCCACGGCAGUCUUCACUAUCUCCAGAACUGGUUCCAGCUGCUUCUCAUUCUUCUCCACCAGGAGAUGAAACCAACAUGGAGACCUCUUCUUCAGAUGAUCAGCCUGCUUCUCUCACAAUAGCACAUGUCAAGCCAAGCAUUAUGAAAAAGAAUGGAAGCUUUCCCAAAUACUAUGCUUGCCACCUCUGUGGCCGGCGAUUCAAUUUGCGCAGUAGCUUGCGUGAACACCUGCAGAUUCACACAGGAGUGCCAUUCACAUCGAGCCAACAUGGAGAAAGUAGUGUUUCCCUGUCUCUUUGUAACAACGCUCCUGAAAAAGAUGCUAUGGAAGUACCUGAAGCUGGAAUGAUUAGUGACAGUGAGCUCCAACAGAUUUCAGAUUCACCAAUAAUUGAUGGACAGCAGCAAGCAGAAACACCACCACCCUCUGACAUCGCUGACAUAGAUAAUUUGGAGCAGGCAGAUCAAGAAAGGGAAGUUAAAAGACGCAAGUAUGAAUGUUCCAUUUGUGGACGCAAAUUCAUUCAAAAAAGCCACUGGAGAGAGCACAUGUACAUACAUACUGGAAAGCCUUUCAAGUGCAGUACCUGUGACAAAAGCUUUUGCCGGGCCAAUCAAGCUGCAAGACAUGUGUGUCUAAACCAAAGCAUGGACACGUAUACCAUGGUAGACAAGCAGACUCUGGAGCUUUGUACUUUUGAGGAAGGCAACCAGAUGGACAACAUGUUGGUACAGACCAACAAACCAUAUAAAUGCAACUUGUGUGACAAAACGUUCUGCACUCCCAAUGAGGUUGUCAAACACUCGUGCCAAAGUCAAAACUCUGUCUUCACUCUAGAAGAAGACAGAUCCAUUCUUUUAGGAGGUGGGGAUGCUGAAAAUACAGAGAGUGAUCACUCUGUCCUAGACUCUAUCAAAAAGGAACAGGAAGCAGUGUUGUUAGACUGACUGAGACUAACUUCAUUUUUUAAAAGCUUGUUUUAUUCAUUUUUACUAAACUCAUCCUCUUCCCCCUCUCCCAAUCAAAAUUACACUGAUGUGGAAAGAUGUCUGGCUUAGUCCUUUUCCCAGCAAAAAGUAUAAAAUUAAUAAAGGGUAUUGUAUGAAAUCAUAAAAAUUGAUUUUAAUACAGAGGAAAAUAUCUAAGGGUUAUUCAGCUAACUAUGUGAAUGUUGCUAGAAAAUGUAUCUGUAACAAGUUCUAAGCAAUUUUACGCUAUUUAAAUGUGUACUUGAAUGCAGUGUGAUGCAAGAUUUUGAAAGAGAUUGAAAAGAAACAGAAAGUAUAUUUAAGUAUAAUUAUUUUCCCUCCAAACAAGUUGCCUUUUAUAGGAAGUGUAGCUGAAGAUGCAGAAUUCUUAAAGGAACUAUAAACAGUUUUCAUUUCACAAAAAAACUCAGAAAUUCCCAUAGCCAAUGAAGGAAAUUCCUUUUGUGCACAGGGGUGGGGUGUUUUUUGUUUGGUUUUUGGUCAAGUGUUUGUUUCCAGAUAAUUUCACUCACAUUAUGUCGAUUAAAAAACGCUUAUUAUUAAAGCAGUGAUUCCAAUCACACUAACUUGGAAAUAAAUCGCACUGAAAGCAAUGAGACUUGCAUUUCCAAGUAAAUGUGUUUGGAAUCAGAUUUUUACUGAAAUUGCAGUAAUAAUGUGAUGGCAAUCGUUUUAUAUGCAUAAAAAGCGUGUGUGUGUGUGUAUACGUUAUGUAUAUGCAGGUAAAUGUAUGCAUGCACAUUCCCAAACUCUUCAAAAAAUAAUUGAACAACUUUUAAUGUCUGACAAAUUGGAUUUUUUUACAAGGAUUUUUAAAUUUGUCAAGAGUUGGUUGCAUUUUUAUCCUGCAGAGUGGAAGCUGCUGCUGCUGCUGAUGUCGAAUGUUAUCAUCCAGGACUUGGAGGAAACCAGAGACUGUAUAUAGUGAGCCCUGUGCUGAGUUCAAAGUGUGCGGGAGUGAAAGUUCUGAGGAAAACAUUUUGGCUUGUUCAUGGAAUAGUAAUCUGAAUAAUCCAUAUUUACUUGGUUAACAUGUAUGAAUUAAGGAAUCUGUUUUUAUUAUGUUACGCUAAUAGCAUCCUCUUGUAACACUGCAGAAUGGAAGAAGAGCUAUGAAAAUACAUCAUGGUUGCUUUUCAAGUAGCACUGCACUGCAGCAUUAAGUCGGGAACCUGUGUGUGUUUUAUGUUCCAUUCCCAUAGGCUCCUGUUGGGGGAAAGUAUGCAGAAAAUGAAGGGGGACAUUGUUUUUGCUCAGGAUAGCAUUGUCUGCAAAUUCAGAAUCAAGUUGCUGAUUUUUAGCUUUCUUUUUAAUAUAUAAGUAACUGAAUAUACUCCAGUAGUGUAAAAAAAAAAAGCCUAAGUCAACAGGAGUGACUAUUGAACAGUUAUUUGUGCUGGUUUCAGUUAGCAAAAACACCCCAUCAGAAAUGGAGCCAGUGUGUGUUUUGAUUGGCCGGGGUGGGGAGGGGGGAGAGGCAGAUAUAACUCUGCUCUUGUAUACAUGUUUUAUUUCAGUAUCAUCCUAUUUUGUGUCUAGUUAUGUUUUCCAGUUUGUAAGUUUUUAUACGUUAUUUCACUGAAUAAAAAAUUGUAUAAAAUGGAA